CGGACCGUACCAGAGCCCUUCACCACCAGCAGGUGACCACUCAGCGCAUUCAUCCCGAUCGACGAGGCCCAGCUCUUGCUAUCAACAGCUCUAUUCCUUCUGCUGUAUUAUAAAGCUGUGUCGUCCUGGUUCUCCUAGAUCUCAUGCUUCCCGUCCGGAAAGCUUAAGUGUGAUCACCCAACAACCCAGGACGGACAACAGCAUACGCUGACCAACAACACCACGACACAAAACAUGCUAUCCUCGCCUCUUCGUGCUCCGCCAGCGGCCGCACCUUCAAGCGGUAUGAUCGUCGGCAAACGAAGUGCAGUACCGACGUUGCCACAACCCUCCACAAUGGUACAGGGUAAAUGCGCCUGCUGCGAUACCCGUCUCAAAUAUCCCUCGAACGUCCAUUGUUACCGAUGUACGGUCUGUACAGCCGUCACCGACCUCUCCCCCAUCACCCCGAAACGCUUACCGAAGGCGUUGAAGCUAGACAGAUUGUACGAAAUCAAGGAGCGUUGGGAGAUGGAGGAUGAUGCCGGACGCGAAAUUCUCGAAAAAGAGGUUUCGAGGGUUUUCGCCAGUUUCGAGGCUUUGACUGCGUCGUUCUCGACUGGUGAUGAGCCAUCGCCGACAACCCCCGAAAUCGACUACGCUACCCUCUCUCGCGCAAUUUCAACCAUCACAUCCCUCGACUCCCCUCCACUCAUCGACAACAUCCUCAAAUCCCUUGAGAUUCUCCUCCGCCGCCCCGGACUGCCAAUGACAUCCCCCACCGCUCUCCGCCUCAUCCCCCUCAUUCUCCGCUCAACCCUCCUCUCACCUCCUUCCGUCCCUAAAAAGCGUUCAGUACUCUCACGUCUGGUUGGGUGGGUUUCCGGGGCAGGGAAUAAUGGCCACCACAUCAUCGUUACGUGGCUAAGCCAAUGGUCUCGCGAAGAUCUCCGUAGUGUCGUGGAGGGUGUUGGUGCGUUAAUUGCCUACCGCCUCUCCAAAGCCGAGAAAAUUACCCGCGAUGUCGGGAAUGGGAUCAGGGGAAAGAAAAGUCUCGUUGCCGUCCUCGAUAACGAAUACACAACCGACUGGCGCACUAAAGCCGCUGCAAAAAUGAUGGCCCUCUUACAUGCUGCAUCGAAUAUGUCCACAUCCUCUCCACCUCUCCCAAUCUCCGAAUUUUAUUGCACGAUGAUCGACUACAUCGACCUCAUUUCCGACUUCCGAGAUUGGGAACGCGGGGAGUGCGGAUUCGCGUUUUGCCAGUAUCCACUCCUUAUCUCCCUCGGCUCAAAAAUCAUAAUUCUCGAAUACGACGCACGGCGCCAAAUGGAGGUAAAAGCCCGUGAAGCAUUCUUCGAGACCCUCACAACCAAAAAGGUGGUACGUCCACAUCUCCUUCUCCGAAUCCGCCGCGCCAAUCUCAUGGAAGACUCGAUGCGACAACUCCGGGCCGUCGAAGGGGGUGAACUUAAAAAGGGGCUUCGGAUCCAGUUUGAGGGCGAAGAUGGUGUUGAUGCGGGGGGGUUGCGGAAAGAGUGGUUUCUCAUCCUCGUUCGCGAGAUUUUCGACCCAAAGUAUGGACUUUUCGUCGAGGAGGAGUCAAGUGGUGUCGUGUGGUUCGAUCCUGCCUCGACGUCGAAAGAGGCGUUGGAGAAGUACUACCUCGCGGGCGUCGUGGUCGGUCUCGCGAUCUACAACUCUACGAUAUUGGAUGUGAGGCUCCCCCGCGCACUGUUUACGAAGUUGAUGGGUGGGAGGCUGGGGUUGGAGGAUAUGGAAGGGUGGAAACCCGAGUUCGUCAAGGGGUUGCGGCAGUUGCUCGAGUUUGAGGGCGAUGUCGAGAGUGUCCUCGGAUUGGAUUUUACCGUGCACGACAUCUACGGCUCCCUCCGUGAACUCGUACCCAACGGCUCGAGAUUGUCCGUGACGAACGCGAAUCGGAAAGAGUAUGUGGACGCGUAUGUGGCGUACCUGCUCAACACCAGCGUCAACGCACAAUACUCAACCUUCCGCGAUGGGUUCUGGCGUGUUUGUGGGGGAAAUGCGAUGGGGCUGUUUAACGCCGAGGAAGUCGAGGGUCUCGUUUGUGGACUCGGGAUGGGUGAGGAGGGGGUCGACGUGGGAGCAAUCCGCGCCGUCGCAGUCUACGAAGGCUACCGUCGUGGUCCCGCCGGUCCCUCCCCAACCGUCAUCAACCCCGAAAAAGACCCCCUCAUCACCUGGUUCUGGGCAUUCUUCUCCUCCCUCCCCGGCGCCGACCAACGCCGCCUCCUCCGCUUCGUCACAGGCUCUGACCGUGUUCCCGCGACCGGAGCAGCGAACCUCGCGUUUAAGAUCAGUGUCAUGCCGGAGGUGAAUGGUGGGGAGGAUAGAUUCCCGAUUGCGCAUACGUGUUUUAAUCAGAUUGUUUUGCCGAGGUAUAAGAGGCGGGAGAAGAUGGAGGGGAUGUUGAGGAGGGCUAUGUGGGAGAACAGUUAUUGCACCCGGCUCCUAUUCUUCCUCGACAAAAUGCCAGCCAAACCCAUCGCUACCACCAAACCCAUCAAACCCGCCCCCGACCGCAAAUCAAACCUCAUCUCCAACUCCUCCUCCGACAACGACAACGACAACGACGCCGGACAGGGCAGCUACACCGCCCUCAUCGAAACCUUCGCAGCGAAAGCCGCAGCGAAUAAAGCGAAGGAACAAGCUGCUGCGAAGGAGAAGUUUACGCGGUAUGUUGAUGUACAAGUUAAGAGGUUAGAGUCGUCCGCUAGGGAGGCUGUCGAGGUUGCGGCGGGGUACACGCACCAAAUCGAAACCUUCCACACCGAAUCCUUCGCCGCCCUCACGUUACCCUCCCCCUCCACCACCACCACCACGGCGGACCCCCUCUCCCAAUCCGCCCACGACGUCCUCUCCCGCGCCCAAACCCUCCUCUCAACCACAUCCAACUUCAGCUCCACCACAACCACCCUCCUCAGCGACCUCCACACCGAACUCGACGGCAUCGUGGGUGUAUGGGACCGUGAUCGCGAGGCAUUGCGGGAGGCGCUGGGGGCGUUGAGGAGAAAGAGGGGGAGGGGAGUCGAGGGGGUCGUUAGGGGUGGGGGGUUUGGGGAGAAGAGGGUUGUUAGGGGAGCUAAGGGGAUGUUGAAGGGGUUUGGUACGGGGAAGUGAGGUUGACGUGCCAGGAGAAUCAUAGAGUGAUAUGAGGAGGCUUUCCAUGGACCGAGGUACGGUAUUGUCGAGAUGUAUGCUAUGUGAAACGAAGUCGGCAAGAUAUAUGGCGGGUAGGAUAUAACUGGUGGAUAUGGCGUCGGUCGAUUGUCGCUUUCUCAAUAUACCCGACAUUCAUUGCACAGGAAAAAAGGUGAACUUGCACAAAAAGAUGAACGCGGUAACUGAACAGGCCUCAGCAUGUUCCGAUGGAUUCGAAUGAGACAAGAAAACGAUCCCAUAUGCAUUUGUCGCCCGU